ACCCUUCGACACUGACAAAUUCUUCUUUUCAUUUUCUUCCGUCAUGCCCGGGGAGUCCGGCUAAGAUGCUCUCAAAGCCGGGAUCCACAAUCCGAAAGCUUGUCUCUCCGCGUAAAACCCUGUUUGUCGGCGAUCACGAGGGCUCUUACUUUCACCACGACGAUGAAGGCUACAGGUCAAUCUACAGAGAGCUUAAAACAAGGUCAUGGGGUCUUCGGAGGGGUUCAAAGCUUGACCUCGACGUCGCGAAGAAGGAGGACCUUCACAAAAUACUUACAAUUAUCCCACCCCUUCCCAACACCCCGCUCUCCUCAAGGUCGUCUUUGUCCAGCUGCGGCUAUAGCACAGACUACACCAGUCCUCAUUGUUCUUCCCAGCGUGUCGGAGGCCAAAGUCCUCAGAGGAGUCCACUUCUUUGUCCUGAACACCUCGAGCACCAGCCACAGCAAGCCCAAGGAAGAAGCGAACCCUCCAGCAUGACACCGGGGACGCCUUCUAGUACACAAGAGUUACACCAAAUCGUUCUCCUGCCACCUUCGCCUCCUCUGCAACAAGACGAGUGGGACCGAGAUCUCACGAUUCGUCAACCAGAUAUUACCUUGACUGGCUUGGGGGUCAACCAUCAAUCCAUUUACAGAGAUGAGAUUGCCGAAGGCUAUACCGGCUCCCAAGAGCAACAUCGUUUACCAAGAAAUGGAUAUUUGAACGACAUCGAGCAGCUCAAUUCGGAGAUGGAUAGGGCAUUCCAGCCAGAACGGUCCCCAAUCGAAAUAAAGCAGCCAUUACCGCCGCUUGUGAUCCCGCCGAUAACAUAUUACUCGGCAAAUCACACAAAGCCUUUGACGCCUGUGCAUAGUCCCUCCCAGUGGAAUAAAGCGCGGAGAAGAAGUCAGGCGUCAUUGCAAUCCUUCACACAGCCUUCCAAAAGGUCCUUUCUGCUCACAAGUCCGGCAAGGUUUGCUUCGGCCAGCAGAACAAAGAGAAAGAAGUCAAAGAAAUCCCCCAAGCGACCGCGCAUAGCCAGCACACAAGUAUCAAAAUGGGUGAUACCAGACACUGCCCGAAGUUUCUUCCAACUUUUCAAUCCUAUCGUAGCGGAUGAGGUGCUGCCGGAGAGCAUCUUGCAGGGAAUAAUGGACAGAGCUUGUCUAACCCAAUCAACGAUGGAUGAAGAGGUGACGGCAACCGGUCAAGAAGGGGAUCAAACAUCCCAGCAGCCCAUUACGCCUAUCGAACCGUUCCACCUCGACGACUUGCCGACACGGAUCGACAAUGCCGGUGUGAGUCUACCUGUCGCUUCGGCAACACUCUCAUUUGCAACGGCACGACCCUCUUUAUCUGAUCACGGUGAGAGCACUAGAGACGAUUGCGCAACACCAAAGGAGCAGUCACGAGAUGAUGGGCAGAAACAGAACCGGCCGAGAAGUCCUCCCAUUGCCUUGGCGAAGAAUGGAAAGGAACACAGUCUACCCAUUAUGUUUCGCCGCAAAGGAGAAGAAGCUCAACAUCCUCCUGUACCCUCGAGUGUCGCUCAUCUCACACCUUCCAUUGAUGGCCCCAUUAGACCUGUACCGCGGCGCACUCCAUCCAGGCAACUACCGCCCCUUCCGACUAUUCCUGAGGGCAUCACCAGUUCGAUCAUGACACCUACAUCUACCUCGUCGCCUGAAUUUGGCUCUGAUACCAGCAAUGACGACUUCAUUUUCCUCAAAAGUACCCCAUACACUGUGACGAUGCCAUCUUUCCGUCACGGACCAAUCCGACUGCCCAAGCCCGAGCCUCCCACUAACCUGCUCGCUGCCAAUGCUGAAGAUGGCCUUGACUGGGUAGCCUUCCAAAUCUCGAUAGGGAGCGGUAUCGGCGACUUCGACAGUGACCCCCUCGACUACUCGCGGCCUUCGGGAGCUGAGCUUAAUGAGCGCGACGAUAUCAUUGCGUGGUUCUCCGGUUUCGGCUUUGAUGGGUAUGGUGCGUUGAGGACCUUUCAGACCGCCGAAGAGGAGAUUGAAGUCAGGAAGCACAAACAAGAAAAUGCCCCCUUACAUGCACGGUCCGCCAGUUCUGGUAGCCUCUUGAACAUGGACUCACGAGAACCUCCAGACAGCGACAGCAAAGGCAGAGCAUCCACCAUGAAUGAACUUUACCGAAUCCAGCAUUUGCAAGCAUCAGACAGGGACCGAAAACGUUCUCAUGAGCGGUCGGCGAGCGUCAACGAUCAACUUCCUUUCCGUGCCCUUGCAACUCACAUUGCUGCUCAGCAGACGCAGCAACCACACUUCUUGCUCUGGACAUCACGAGAGACACAUUCCUCAACCUGGCCUAUCGAUCAUCAGUCGAGGAGGGACCAUCCCGAAAAGCCAGCGACCAACACUCCCUAUGGUCACACUCACAGCCAAAGUUGGAGUUACUCGCCGCCACCUUUCCCAGCGCUAACAUCCGAUCCUACCGUUCGCUGGGAUCAUAGCCGCGGUCGCAGUUCAAGCGAUGCUGCCAACAACAACAACACCGACACCAAUAACACCCCGGUUCCAACAUCAAUCAACCGCAAUCAUCCACCAACGCUGCGAACGUCAACACUAACAAAGACUUUAUCCCGGUCCCAACCACCACCACACACCCAAAGACACGGGACGCCACAACAUCAAGUCCAACAACAAUCCUCCCUUGCGCCACCAUCCUCACGAUUCCCGUCACCAACCAUUCGAUCCGAAUCCCCCUUUCUUCCAGGUUUUGCUUUCCAAUACGAGCAACAAACAGUCAUUCCAUCGUCGAUUGUCCCGACAACCCAACAAGAUCAACAAGCACAAGCACAAGCACCACCACCACCACAACCGACAAAGCAAACAGCCAAGAAAAUUCCUCAAGCAAUCGAUGCGGCCCGCGCCCGCACUUGGAAGCAACAACCUCAAGGGUCUCGCCACCACCGCCGCGCCGACUCGCAAGAAAGUAUAAAAAGCCUGCCGCAGAGCCCGGCACUCAACAUGGUGGUGUCAAGGGACGUGAAUGGCCAGGAGUACGUGAUUCCGAUGGGGUUCAAUUUGGAUCAUGACUUGGGGGAUUUCUUGAAGUGGGAGGCGGAACAUGUUGCGUGGAAGAUUGAUUGAUUGAUUGAUUGAUUGACUGAUUGAUUUGGUUGUCUGUCGGUGCAUGGAAUGUCUAGGGAAAAAAAGGAAAUAUGAGAGGGGGAGGGUUUCUGGCCACUGGACCGGGGUUUGUGAGGUUAUCUUCUUGCACUUGCACAUUGGAUUUUGCUGUUACAGUACUCUCUUUCAUGAUACCACUUUUUUUAGUUGAUCUAUAUCAUAGAGAAAAUACCUAAUUUCUC